AUGAAGGGGACGAAUGAAGGGUCUGGGGUAGUGAGGGGAGACAGCGGGCUUGUUCGUCGCCGGUCGUGGAGGCGCGGGUUCGGCCAUCGGGGAGGAGAGAUGGAGGGAGGCCAAGGAGAAGGGUGGAGGCGGCGAAAGACGAGGGAAGAAGGAGGCAAAGGGUUUUGGUUUGAGCUGGAUUCUGGAAGGUGGAGGCGGCUGAUAUGA